AUGAUCAGGCUUCGGCUGCAUGCUCUAGACAGAGACAGUGCAGUGGUUUUGAACUGCGUCAGUUGUCCAAGGACCAUCGACGAGUUGGCAGGGAAUGUCGCAAGCAAAAGCGACCGAAUCAGCAUUGCACUGGUCAAGGUAGCGGAGCCCACUAGUGAGCCCUGGCUGACACUGCACUACGACGAGUGGAUGUGUGUGCUGAAAGGCCGCCUGGUCUUGCUGCAUGGAUCUGGUGAGAGUCUGGAGGUCCAAGCAGGCCAAACAGUCUUCAUCGAGAAAGGGGAGCGGUUCCGGCCGACUUUCCCGGAUGGUGCCACAGAGUAUAUCCCGGUCUGUCUUCCAGCUUUCCGCCCGGACCGCUGUAUCCGCGAGGAGGCAGAAGGUGCAGUCAGCGUGAGACUGGAGCAGCUGCACGGAGGACGCAGCGGUUAUCAGCAAGGAAAUGUGCCAGACGCCGAUGCUUCAGAAGUUCUCUACCACAUGUGUCUCAAGUCGUUGUGGGAUGAAGCUAAGACUGCGGCAGCCGCAUACUUUCCACCGACCUUCGAGGCGGACGGCUUCACGCAUGCCACUGCGGUACCCUCGCGGUUACUGGAAACGGCCAAUCAUUUCUACCAAGAUGUGGAAGGAGACUGGCUUUGCCUUUGCUUUCGACGCACCGCACUGCGAAAACUUGGCAUAAUUACUCGAGACGAGGAGGCCAAGGCCGUUGGAACGAAGGAUGUCAGCACGAACUCCACGGCAUUCGUUUGGCCACACGUCUACGGCGGAAUACCUCCGCAGGUGGUGGAGGCAGAAUUCCCGAUGCUUCGUGAGGGACGUGUCUUUACCGCGAUUCCAGGGUUGACUGACACACCUUCACGAGUCUUCAAGCUUGCAACCGGGAGUGAAGUACGACAGUUUGCUGAAAAGCAGCAAAUCCUGUCAGAGCUGGAUGCCAAGGACGGCUUUGUUCAUCUAAGCGACGUCCGGGCGGUGCGGAUCGUUGCUGCUCGCUUCUUCAGCGACUGCAAGGACUUGAUGCUGCUGGAAGUUGAUCCCGAGCAGCUGCCGAAGCCCCUGACAUGGCUCCAUGGCACAAUGGGAGAUGCAGAGCCCGACCUGGAUGCAAGGCAGGCUGCCGCCUCCGUUCUGCACUAUUUGAGGCCGGAUGGUUGUGUACAUGUCUAUGGGUCGGUGCCCUACACGGCCGUGACACGCAGCGAGGCCGUGGCACUUGCGAAGGAUGGGCACAUCUUUCCGGCCUGGCUUUGA